AUGGAGAAAUUGUUGCAUUGGUCAAUUGCACAGCAAUCCGGCGACAAGGCAGCGCUCGACCAAGUCGGCGAACCGGAUCAAAAAGCGUUGAACCAGUUAUUCGGCGGCCCAGAUGAAGCGGCCUUGAUGAAGGAGAGCUUGCACGUAGCGACAAACCCCAAAGUCGACGAAAAGGACAAGGUGAUUGCAUUGGAGAACUUCGAAAUGUUGAUUGAGAAUUUGGAUAACGCGAACAAUAUCGACAAUUUGGGGCUCUGGGGCCAGAUCGUGGGCUUGUUGAGCGACAACAGUGCUGCUUCUCAAUUGAGGGUUUUGGCGUGUGGCAUCGUUGGUGUGGCCGUGCAGAAUAACCCAAAGUCGCAAGAGGCAUUCGGUAAAACCAAAGGGUUAGAGGCGUUGAUUGAGAUUGCAAGCACUACCAAAGAUAAGCAGUUGCAGUUGAAAGCGCUCUACGCCAUCUCGUCGUUUAUAAGAAAUUACAAGCCUGGGUACGAGGAGUUUGACAAGUUGAAUGGAUGGAAAUUGGUUCAAUUUGGCGAAAACAACAACGGCAACAGCAUUGAUGCGAAAUAUGACUUGAGGGUUUUGUCUUUGGUCUCGUCUGCAUUGAGUAAUGGAUUGACUGUCGACUUGGAGAAGCAGUUUAAAGACCUCAAUUUGGUUCAUCAUCUCGCUGCGUAUUUGAACUUGGAUUCGGUCACUAGCGUGGUUGACAAGUCGUUGAAUAUAAUCUCGGAGUUGAACCGUGACAAGUACAAUUACACCGACAAAGAGCAGUAUGAAGUCGAUAGAGGUAUCCAGGUCGUGGAGGGCUUGAGUGACAAACUCAACAUUGAUGACUUGAACGGUGCAAAACAAAAACCCUAG